AGCAAACCCUCGGUCCGUCUCCGCCGCCUCUCCUACUCCUCGUCGCCAGCAAGCAAUUGGAAAGCGGAGAGUUUUAACGGCUAAAAAAACGGUGAAGAAGAAAGAAACCGAAGGAGACAGAAAAGCCAGCCGCAGAUCCUCCUCCUCCCUUCGCAUUCUCGCAACCUCCGCCGUCCGAUCGCUCCCUCGUUCCUCGAUCCUCUUCCUGCGGUUCGCGCUCGCCGAUCGAUCCCCCCUCGCCGUCGUUCGAACCGGGGUCCGGGUUCGGGUCGGGUCGGGGUUUUUGGUUUGUUUCCGGGGUUCGGAUUCGAGGCAUGUCGGGCCGGGAUCUCGAGCGCGGCGCCGCGAAGGGCCCCCGCGGCGGGGGAUACAACCAGGCGGCGGCGUACUACGCGGGCGGCGGCCGCGGCGACUCCGAGAGCCAGUGGACGUCGUGGCUGGUCCCGGUGAUCGUCGUCGCCAACGUGGCGGUGUUCAUCGCGGCGAUGUACGUGAACAACUGCCCGAGGAACAACCUCGGAUUCGAAGGCGGCUGCGUCGCCGGGUUCCUCGGCAGGUUCUCGUUCCAGCCGCUCAAGGAGAACCCGCUCUUCGGCCCUUCUUCCAGCACAUUGCUGAAGAUGGGAGGUUUAAAGUGGGACAAUGUUGUAAAUGGAAACCAAGGUUGGAGACUCAUCACAUGUAUGUGGUUGCAUGCUGGUGUCAUUCAUCUGCUUGCAAACAUGUUGAGCUUGGUCUUCAUUGGAAUUCGCCUUGAACAGCAAUUUGGCUUCGUAAAAGUUGGAGCAAUCUAUCUAAUAUCAGGAUUUGGUGGUAGCGUUCUGUCCUCCCUUUUUAUUCAGAACAAUAUCUCCGUUGGUGCCUCCGGUGCUGUCUUUGGGCUUUUGGGAGCGAUGUUGUCAGAGCUUCUCACUAACUGGACCAUCUAUACCAAUAAGGCUGCAGCUCUUUUCACAUUGUUGUUCAUCGUAGCCAUUAAUCUAGCAGUUGGGAUUCUCCCUCAUGUGGACAACUUUGCCCAUAUCGGAGGAUUCUUGACGGGAUUCCUCCUCGGUUUUAUUUUGCUCAUCCGGCCCCAGUUUGGCUGGGUAGAGCGUCGUGCCAAAUCAAAGCACAUGGGCUACCAAUAUGUCCUCUUGUUGAUUGCCUUAGUCUUGUUGAUAGCUGGAUUUGUGGUGGGGUUGAUCAUGCUUUUCAGAGGAGAGAACGCAAAUGAUCACUGCAGCUGGUGCCACUACCUCAGCUGCGUACCGACUUCGAGAUGGAAGUGUACUAACUGAAAAAAAAAAUUCCCGAGUGUUCUGUAUCUCAUAUGUUCUGUGUUCAGGGUACAUUUGUUUUUUUUAUUUUUUUUCCGUCAUAACUCGUUCUUUCAUUUGUUUAUUGCGUGACGUCCCUUGCAGCUUGUGUAAAAAUCUGUAGCUUCAGACACCACCACGUUAUUUUGUCCGUCAACUUAUAGAAAUACAGUAUACCAAUCUCGCUCCGUGUC